AUGCACGAUACAGAUCGCACCAGACAUGUGGCUACAACGCUAGAGUUGGACAGUUUUUUUUGUUUAAAGCUGCAGGAGACGGUGAAGAGGAAACUGGACAACGCACGCUCGCCCCUCAACGGGGACCAAAACGGCAUCUGUGACGGAGGCAGCUACUCUCCCACCACAAAACGGGUACGGAAGGAAGGUCUGGACUCUUUAACGGGCCUGCCCAACAGCAAUGUCCCUCCCAUUUCACCUUUACACCACCAAAUGGACAUCAAGCCCCUGCUCGGAGGGCCGAACACUUCCACGGGAAAUAGCACAGCGAACAGUAACGGGACUCAUGUCGGCAGGACGUCAGACGAGAUGGUCAAAAACGGUGGUAGCCAUCUUCCAGACAUGAAGCUGAACAGGUCUUUAGACUUGGAGGACAGUUUUGGUCUCCUUAAGGACUUAAAACAGGAGCCUCUGGACGACACAGGCGAGACUUCAGACCCACAAUCAUUGUCCAAUCAAAACAAACUCUUUUCGGACAUCAACCUCAACGAUCAGGAGUGGCAGGAGCUGAUCGACGAGCUGGCCAACACGGUGCCUGAGGACGACAUGCACGACCUCUUCAACGAGGACUUUGAGGACAAGAAAGAGCCCGAGUUUGGACGGACCACCAGCAAUCAGACACCCGGGCCACAGGAGGCAGGGCCCCAGAGCACAACGAGCGGGACGGGGUCUGCAGCACCUCUCCCUCCACCACCUCAACAGAGCGGUCCCCAGGUCCCCAUGGGCUCCCCGCAGGUUCGGCCAUCUUCGUCGGGUCCUCAGUUUGCGACCACAGCCAACGGGACUCCUCCUCAACAACCUCUGCAGCAGUCUCCCGCCGUUGCCAUGGCGUCAGGUUCUCCGCUGCACAACUGUGUAGCUCGAUCACCUCAGACCCCGACGCAAGCGCAGACUCAGGCCGGCUCACGUCCAGGGAACGGCUACUUGAUGAACCCAGGCCCCGGAGUGAGCGCUGCGGGGACGGGGCCUGGUGUUCCUCCCUCUGUGGGACCCGUCACACCUGAACUGUCUCCAGCGGAGCAGCUCAAAGCCAUGGCAGCUCAGAGAGCCAAGCUCCUGCAGCAGAAACAGCAGCAGCAGCAGGCGGCCAACUGGUCUCCUGCAGGACCUCCCACCAGCCCAUACAACUCUGGUCCCUUUAACCAGGACAAACCCAACAGCCCCAUGAUGUACCCACCACAAGCCUUUAAUGCACCACAGGGCCCCCUGGUGGCUGGCAUGACCCCCAACAACGGGCCCAAAGCUCCCAUGAACAACUACCUCCCUCACAACCACAUGGGCAUGAACAGCAUGAACCAGAGCGCUCUGUCCAAGCAGCAGACUGCUGCCAUGUUGUCCUACAACAACACCAAACCGCUCAGCCACUUCAGCGGCAGCGGAGUCGACCACAUAGGCCAAAGGAUGACCCCUCCUAUGGGGGGCAACAGCCAAGUCAAAAACCCCAUGAUGCCACCUUACAUGGGAGGGGGAGGAGGUGGGGGCCAGGGGGCGGGGCCAGGACAGACACAAGGGCCAAUCCCAGGGCAGACGGCGCACCUAAGCGAGGAGCAGAAGAGGAUGAUGCUGAUGAAGCAGAAGGUGUUGAACCAGAACAUGCCGUACAGUGGGAUGCAGCCGCACGGACAGGCCUCAAAAAUCAGCGGCUCCGUCCAAACCAUUCAAAUGUAG